GUUGGUCACCACUGUCGGGCAAUAAACAAAACCGGUGAGAAAUUCAUCGGGAAAUGUGUAAAAUUAAAUAACAAUUGUAUUAUCUCUCAUGACGGAGAAACUACUUGACGAGUGGUUUACUUUGUUGCGUGCUAAUUGUUGUUAAUUCAGAGAUCUUCAAGAGUCAGAGUUAUGGGUUAACCUCAAUAAAUGUCAGGAUGAGCAGUAAAACGAGUGGCGGAGGAGAAAUGGAUCCAGUCCAGGAAGAAUUUGCUGGCCGAGUGAGGGAAGUUGGGAAUCAUGCGAUCUGGAGUUUAUCCAGCUGCAAACCUGGUUUCGGAGUUGAUCAGCUUCGUGACAAUUUGACAGAUACCUAUUGGCAAUCUGAUGGACAGCUGCCACAUUUAGUGAACAUUCAGUUUCGAAAGAAAACUACUAUCAGGGAUAUUUGCAUUUAUACUGACUAUAAACUCGACGAGAGCUACACGCCGAGCAGAAUAAGUAUAAGAGCAGGCACAAAUUUCAACGACCUCCAAGAGGUGGAAGUUAUGGACUUAAACGAGCCAAGUGGCUGGGUGGUGAUACCAAUAAAAGACCUGAACGACAGACCCAUCAGGACUUUCAUGAUACAAAUAGCUGUGAUAAGUAAUCAUCAGAAUGGCAGAGACACUCAUAUGAGGCAGAUAAAGGUUCACAGUCCAGCUCAGGAUAUUCUGGGGCCCCCAGCUCCUCACCUCCCAGGGCAAUUUCUCACCAAUGAAUUUCAACGUUAUGCCACCAUAAGAUAAAAUAAAUUCUUUAUUUUUAGUCAAUAAAUAAUUUUUCACUUC